AAACGUAAAGUGAAACGGUUUCUAGAUAUGCUUAAGCAACGGAAUUUGAUUGUUUGAGGCGACUAUUUUUUACCGUCUAGUUUUGUCGGUUGUUUAAAAAUACUUUACUUGGCUGUGUAUAUUAUUGUACGUGUGGAAGGACAAGUUUGACUCAAAUAUAUAUAUAAAUUACCACACAGCUGAGUAGAUGUUGCACAUCGUUCUUUCACACCGGUCACAUCGGGAGUGACUGGUAGAUAAUUAGAGGUUUCCUAAACGUGUGCACGCCGGUUCGCGUUUCGUGAGCGUCUGGUUGUAUCCUGUGUGACGGCGGCGUUUUCCUGUCUGGGGUUAUAGCUGUCCAGCUGUUUUAGCGUCAAAGGGUAAUAACUGCGGUUAACAUUUAUCCAGCGGGCAACAACGUGUGUCACGUUUCCAGCAACCAAAACAAAAAACCCGGUCUACUUAUUCUUCUUAGAUGAAGGGCAAACUUACAAACUAUGGGAAUAUGGAGCAAGCUUCGGUGACUUUAAAAUGAUCUAACUUGCUUUGCCAGGAAGUUCUGUAUUCCCUGGAAGUGAAGUGGUUUUUGACGUUAGACUUUAGAUAUAACUGGACAUACAAAACCUGGAUUUUUUUGAAAAGAUAACAUGGGGGACGAUCCAUUCCACCAAUUCGUAGCACUUAGAACCAGUAAAUUCGGCGAAACCUGAUGAGCUUUCAACCGACAGCAUCAAUAGAGAAACUGGACUCAGCCGGCUCAGCAUCGAGUUCAAAGAUGGAGUUAGCAGCGGCUCACCCGGCUCUCAAAGCCUUCAUGUGCGGCUCCCUCAGCGGCACGUGCUCUACGCUGCUCUUCCAGCCUUUGGAUCUGGUCAAGACGCGGCUGCAGACCAUCCAGAACAACGCCAAGCCGGGAGUGGCAAAGGUGGGAAUGCUUACGGUUUUCAUCAACAUUAUUAGGACGGAAAAUUUUUUCAGCCUGUGGAAAGGAGUUUCACCAUCAUUUGUGCGCUGCAUCCCUGGCGUGGGCAUCUACUUCAGCACCUUCUACUCCCUGAAGCAGCACUUCUUCCUGGACCGGGCACCCAACGCCGGCGAGGCCGUCCUUCUCGGGGCGGGUGCCAGGACCGUGGCCGGAGUCUGCAUGCUGCCCUUUACAGUCAUCAAGACGCGCUUCGAGAGCGGCUGCUACAACUAUGCGAGUGUAGCCGGGGCUUUGAGGAGUAUGUACCAGACGGAGGGAAUCCGGGCUCUAUUUUCAGGGCUGACCGCCACGCUGCUCCGAGAUGCUCCUUUCUCGGGCAUCUACGUCAUGUUCUACAGCCAGGCCAAGAGGGCGCUGCCCCAAGAGGUGAGCUCCGCGCCCUACGCCCCGCUGGUGAACUUCAGCUGUGGUGUGGUGGCGGGCGUCAUGGCGUCGCUGGCCACGCAGCCUGCAGACGUGGUGAAGACCCACAUUCAAGUCAGUCCAUCUCACUGGAGCACAGCAGAUGCCGUUUGCUAUAUUUAUAAGGAACACGGCAUGCCCGGCUUCUUCCGCGGUGCCGUGCCUCGCUCUCUGCGCCGCACUCUGAUGGCCGCCAUGGCUUGGACAGUCUAUGAACAGCUGAUGGCCCGAAUGGGCCUCAAAUCCUGACGAGCAACGACGCCAACCCACAACAUCGGGGACAUGUAAUGCGAGGAGCGGCUGUGUGUUUUUUUUUGUUUUGUUUUAUACUGAAAGCAAAAAAAAAGAAGAAAAAAUGUAGCUAAGUAGCUCAUGAAGACGGUAAAGUAGCCCCAUCAAGACUGAUCAAAGAAACAAGGUGGUAGAUGUUUGGCAAAGGAGAGCAAUAGUGAGAGUGUGUGUGUGUGUGUGUGUGUGUGUGCGUGUGUGUGUGUGUGUGUGUGUGUGUUAUUUAAAUGUUGUAAAUGUAUGUUUGUGAUGAGAUUGUGAUCUUCCACCUUUAGGGACUCUAAUGCCAGUCCUGAACGGUCGUUGUUCUCCCUGCUGUGAGGUGAACUUAUUCCUCCUCCUGUUCAUGCUCUGACACCAAGAGGUACGACAACCACUCAGAAAGCAGGAACUAAAACUCAUUUGAGUCCUGCAAUUCAGUUUAAAGGGGUUGCUGCUUCUUCUAAAAUCUAUAUGGACAUUUUAAAGAUUUAGUUUGACUGAUGCGGCAGACGCUUGCCGAGGUGAAUGCGGUCCGCUGCUAAAGGAAAAGAGAGAGAAUUACAGUUUGUUUCAGACAAUCACAAGGAUUAACCACAUGGAAACCUAAUGAAAUCUUGGUGUACUUUUUGACUCAGCUUCAUGGAACCAAAUGUGCUUUGAUUGAAGAAAACAAAAACAAAGGGUAAAUGUCAUAUCGAUGGCAGAAACAUGUUCACGGCAUCUCUCACAGGUCAUUUUGUGGAGUUAAAUUAUUUUGAUUUUGGAGUGUUUUAAAUUUGCAAAAAUAUUUGGAGGUAGCCUGUGGAUGUUGCAAUUACUGGAAGGGCCUUGAAUGAUACAUUUUAGGAAUGAACUCCAGUAUGCUUGCAUUGUGUACACAGCACUGUGACACAUAAGUUGCAGCCUGACUCUCAUUUUUCUGGUGAGUUAAUGAAGAAGUUGGAUAGCAGGCAUAAUAGAAAAAAUCCAAUCCAUAGCAUGUCUUUUUAUGAAGAGGGUUGUGAUUUUUUUUUCCCUUUGGGAGAGAAACACUGUAAGUCAAGAAAAUCUUUUUGUACUGACAAAGACUAAAAGAAAGCUUGAAGUACACUGUAUUUUGCAUUAUUUCCUUUACUAAAGUGAGCACUUUCAUGAGUAAGAUUUUUUUAAUUGUUUUUUUUUGUUUACAUGUUGAGUAAAUAUUUGGAAUAUAGAGUGAGCUAAGCCUUUCGAAUGAUCAUUUGGUCAAGGCAGUCAGUUUGUAUAACAGUAUUUGAAAUGCUUGAGACAUUGGUCAUUAAGCAAACAUGUUCAUACCAUUUCCUUAAUGGCUUUGUAAAGAUGUUAAAGACCCAGUGGAUGUUACAAACGAAGGGGUAAAUUGGUAUGAUGGGAUAGUACUUAGAUUUAAGUGUUAAAUUUCUUUUUUUUGUUUUAGAUGAUUUAAGUUUUCUUUUUUCUUUUUAAGACAUGCCAAACGAAAGAUAUUAAUUUGGGUAAAGGACUUAACUGCUUAUGGGAUGCUUAUGUGAGCUGACAGGAACUUUUUCUGCAGUGAAGUGUGAAAGGAGUUGAUUUUGAUAAACCUCUGUGAUUGCUGUAUAACAUAAACUGCAUAUGUCACUUUGCCAUAAGUCACACCAUUAAAUCUGGCCUUGUCUUUUGUUGUGAUCUCAACACUUGUCUUGUGAAUUGUGCUGCAUAUGUCAGGCAGGUUUGCUCAGACAGUCAAUAAAAUGUCCUUCCUUUGU